AAAAUCUAGCAGCUAGUUCAAUUAAAUUUGCAAAACAUGGAAUUUGAUAAUGAAGACCAUUAUGCAAAACUACUUCGAGCUCAAACCCACAUAUUUGAUCAAACUUUCGGAUUCAUAAACUCUAUGUCCCUUAAAUGUGCAAUUGAUUUGUGCAUACCUGAUGUAAUACACAAGUAUGGCCAACCUAUGCCACUCUCUCAACUCAUUGCUUCACUUCCAAUUCACCCUUCUAAGGCUUGCUUCAUUUUCCGCUUGAUGCAAAUUUUGACUCAUUCCGGUUUCUUCUCUCAACACAAUAAUGCCACCGAAAAUUAUGAGCAAGAAGAAGUGAGUUAUGUGCUAACUGAUGCAUCUAAACUACUCCUUAAGGACCAUCACUUUAGUAUGAUUUCCUUGCCACAAGUCAUACUUGAUCCAAUUUUGGUGAAUCCAUGGUUUCAAUUCUCUACCUGGUUCACAAAUGAAGACCCUACACCGUUUCACACACAAAAUGGGAUGGCAUUUUGGGAUUAUGCUAGCUCUGAGCCCAAACUCAACCACCUUUUUAAUGAUGCCAUGACUAAUGACUCACGGUUGAUUUCCAGCGUGUUGAUUGAGAAGUGCAAGGGAGUGUUUAGUGGAUUGGAGUCUUUGGUUGAUGUUGGGGGUGGAACUGGGACUAUGGCUAAGGCCAUUGCCAAGUCGUUUCCUCAAUUGAAGUGUAUUGUGUUUGAUCUCCCACAUGUUGUUGAUGGCUUGCAAGGAACAGAGAACGUAGAAUAUGUUCAUGGGGACAUGUUUGAAGCAAUUCCUUCUGCUGAUUCCAUUAUGUUGAAGACUAUAAUGCAUAACUGGAACGAUGAGGAAUGCUUGAAAAUCCUGAAGAGAUGUAAGGAGGCAAUCGCAAACAAAGAUAAAGGAAAGGUGAUUAUCAUAGACGUGGUGAUAGGAAACGAGAAAGGAGACAGUGAAUUAGAUCAAACAAAGCUCUUCUAUGAUAUUGAGAUGAUGGUGUUAGUCACUGGGAAAGAGAGAAAUGAGAAAGACUGGGCUAAAUUGUUUUUGUCUGCAGGUUUCAAUAGCUACAAGAUAACUCCAGUUCUAGGUUUUAAGUCUCUAAUCGAGGUUUAUCCAUAGUAACAAUGGUUGAAAAAGUGAAAUGAUGGGUGGCACUAUGUAAUCUGUAUCACUGAAAUAAAUUUUCUAUUAAUAUUAAGUGUCUUCACAUUUGCCAA